AUGUCCAGAUUUCCGAUACACCAUUACUGCCAGGAGCACUCAUUAUCUACGUUUGUGUACCUGUGUUAUAUCAGCCAAUGUCCAGAUUUCCGAUACCACCAUUACUGCCAGGAGCACUCCAUAUCUUUGUUUGUGUACCUAUGUUAUAUCAGCCAAUGUCCAGAUUUACGAUACCACCAUUACUGCCAGGAGCACUCAUUAUCUACGUUUGUGUACCUAUGUUAUAUCAGCCAAUGUCCAGUUCACAGUACACCACCGUUUUGCCAGGAGCACUCAUUAUCUUCGUUUGUACCUGUAUUUAUAUCAAUGUCCAGAUUUCUGAUACCACCAUUACCGCAGGAGCACUCAUUAUCUACGUUUAUUGUACCUGUGUUAUUUCAGCCAAUGUCCAGUUCUGAUACCACCAUUACUGCCAGGACCACUCAUUAUCUUCGUUUGUGUACCUAUGUUAUAUCAGCCAAUGUCCAGAUUUCCGAUACCACCAUUACUGCCAGGAGCACUCCAUAUCUUCGUUUGUGUACCUAUGUUAUAUCAGCCAAUGUCCAGAUUUCCGAUACCACCAUUACUGCCACGAGCACUCAUUAUCUUCAUUUGUGUACCUGUGUUAUAUCAGCCAAUGUCCAGAUUUCUGAUACCACCAUUACUGCCAGGACCACACAUUAUCUACGUUUGUGUACCUAUGUUAUAUCAGCCAAUGUCCAGAUUUCCGAUAAAACCAUUACUGCCAGGAGCACUCAUUAUCUUUGUUUGUGUUCCUGUGUUAUAUCAGCCAAUGUCCAGAUUUCCGACACCACCAUUACUGCCAGGACCACUCAUUAUCUACGUUUGUGUACCUAUGUUAUAUCAGCCAAUGUCCAGAUUUACGAUACCACCAUUACUGCCAGGAGCACUCAUUAUCUUCGCUUGUGUACCUUUGUUAUAUCAGCCAAUGUCCAGAUUUCCGAUAAAACCAUUACUGCCAGGAGCACUCAUUAUCUUCGUUUGUGUUCCUGUGUUAUAUCAGCCAAUGUCCAGAUUUCCGACACCACCAUUACUGCCAGGAGCACUCAUUAUCUUCGUUUGUGUACCUAUGUUAUAUCAGCCAAUGUCCAGAUUUACGAUACCACCAUUACUGCCAGGAGCACUCAUUAUCUUCGUUUGUGUACCUAUGUUAUAUCAGCCAAUGUCCAGAUUUACGAUACCACCAUUACUGCCAGGACCACUCAUUAUCUACGUUUGUGUACCUAUGUUAUAUCAGCCAAUGUCCAGAUUUCCGAUACCACCAUUACUGCCAGGAGCACUCAUUAUCUUCGUUUGUGUACCUGUGUUAUAUCAGCCAAUGUCCAGAUUUCCGAUACACCAUUACUGCCAGGAGCACUCAUUAUCUACGUUUGUGUACCUGUGUUAUAUCAGCCAAUGUCUAGAUUUCCGAUACACCAUUACUGCCAGGAGCACUCAUUAUCUACGUUUGUGUACCUAUGUUAUAUCAGCCAAUGUCCAGAUUUCUGA